UCCUCAUUGCUCCGCCCCAACAAACCCACCUUCGGCGUACAGAGGUUUCGUAAAGGAGCGUUCCCUUUAGUGAUAGCUGUGUCCAAUCAGCGCCGAGGAUGGUGCCGAUGUGUGUUGUGUGGUAAAUGCUACGAGCACGGCUAGAUAGUCAGUAUGGCGGAGGGGAGCAGUGUGAGCGACUCAGAGGGGCUAGAAAAGCGGUUAGAGAGCCUGUUGAGCCGUUACUCAGGUGACGAAUCCGGAGCUGACAGCGAGCUGUUCUGCGCUGACUUCUGCAAGGUGGUGGAGGAAUAUGCCUCUCACUGGCACGUACCGCUGCCCCAGCUCAGGAUCCUUGAAAUAGCUCUUCGUCAUUUUUCUCGAGCCUCAGCCUUCUUCCCAACAAGCUGUGAUCAUGUGCACCGCACAAUCAGUAGCAUUGCUCUGAGUGUUUUUGAGUUGCUGCUGUUUUUUGACCAGAAGGACUUCAACGAGGAGCCAUUGAAACAAUUCACUGCUACAUUCCAGGAGUGUCAUUCAGUCUUAGCGAAGCAUGAAAAUGUUUUUUUACUUCAAGUGGAGCGUUUACUCCAGGAUGGUGGGAUGUGGGCCAGCCCUGCCUUACAGGCAAUCCUCAGCGCAUCCAGUUUACCUCAGAAUGAAGUGGAUUGUUACAUCAGCUCUGAGCUGCCGGUGUUCCUUGACCUCCGUGUGCGCUACCUUUCAUCCUGUGGACGUGGCAGCGAGGCUGCUGCCCUGGCUAAAUGUUGUGUUCGGCAUCCCACUGCAGGCCAGCUACUGUUCUUCCUCCAGGUCUACCUCUCAUGGCUUCUCAAAACGGGGCAGCAUGACCGCCUAUGUAAAGAGGUGCCAGACAUUAAUGGUAAAGACGCGCUGCACAUUAUCUGCAGCUUGGAGUGUGAGGAAACAGAUGAGUUGCUAAAAGCCCUCAGCACUGCCUUCCUGUCUCAACAGCUCCAAAGGGGAGAUAUGUACUAUCUAUGCGAACUUGUCCUUGUGUGGAUUAAUCUUCAUAGACGGUUGAACACGUCCAAACGGACUCUGUUAGACGCGUGUCAUCAGCUGAUGCUGUCUGCCACAAAUGUCAAAUCAAUCUUUCCCUUUAUUAGAGCCAUACUACAGGAGGUUGGUGAAGACGGCGUCCAGUUCUGUGUGGAGCUCUGUGCGAAUGCUCUGAGGUCUCGUCUUCCAUGUGACGUCCUCACAAAGACUUUCAUUUAUAAAACAAUUGCCGUUCUGCUGCCCAGUGAUCUGGAAGUCUGCCGGGCGUGCGCUCUUCUGGUCUUCUUCCUGGAGCGCACCGUUGAGUCCUAUAAGAUGGUGUACCUUCUUUAUAUGCACCCUGAUCAGGAGUACCACGUGGAUGACAGCCCGAUUGGAAAUAAUGUUCGCUUUGAGACCCUGCAGGUCUUGAAGAAGGACCUGUACUUUGACCCAGAGUUCUGGAACCUCAUUGCUUUGCGGACCAGCUGUUUGAAGCUGAUGAGUGAGAAGGUUGUUAGUGCUGCCCUAGAAGAAAUCAUGGAGGACAAAUGGAUCUCUAAGUACUGCACCAGAGGUUCUGCCCUCCGCUCAGUUUGUCAAAGAGAAACUGCGGCUAAGAAACGGCGCCGUAAGGAGGACCGAUUUUGUAAAAGAGAUUCAAACACCGCAUCCAAACGAUUUAAGGUGGACACGGAGAAAAUGCGCCUAAAUAACCACGCUCUUAGAAGAAGAGGCAACCAAGGCUCCCAAGCAUUGAGGGAAUCUUCUUCUGGACCUUUGAGACGCUCAUUUUGGCAGCUCGACAGAAUACACGGCAGUUUGACACUGAGGUUUGAUGAACACAGACGCACUACAAGGUUCUCGGAGAGAAACCUGCCGAAACGAAAGAUCAAGAAACCCAAGUGGCUCCUGGAAGACUCAGGAACGCUGGAGAACGUUCCUCUAAAGAUUAAAAGGAACGGGCUGAAACAGCAAAAGCUGCUCCGAUCCUGCGUCAUAAAGAGAUCUCAAACCGGUCCGAUCAAGAACAGUGCCAAACUCAAACCACCAGUAAAUACUCAUCAGAAGGCAAAGGAGAGCAACGAUUACCAAAACGGUUUCUCCUUGGACUCUGUGAAACCGGUGAACCCUCCACAAAUCAUCCUGGAGCUGUCGCUUCCAGACAAUGAACUAAUGGAUACGUUUAAUGAUGAUUCUUUCAACAGACCCAAAAGAUUCUCUCAAGUGCUUCUUUACAAACCAACAAUGAAAUAUCCUGAUACUUCACCUCCAGCCAAGACCGGCCACGGCAAAGAGGUGAUUCUACGAUCCCGGGAUGCCACCAUGUUUGUACGACUGCUGCACUGCUACGCACGGCGGCCAAAAGGAAAAGGUAGCGCCUCAAACGUUCAUGGUUCCGUCUCAACAAUCACUCGCUCCUCGGCGCAGGGAAGCCCGUCAAAGGAUCCAGAACUCUGUGAGAGGCCCGUCUCCGGGCCUAAAGGUGCCACACCAGAAAAAGGCAAAGAGAAGGGAUUACAUGUUUUAGAAAAGCUUUCUAAAGCUCAAAGUACAAAAGAUGCCUCUAGAGUCCCUCAAGCUGAAACGGAAAAGCUCCUCCAAAACGUCACUUGUGGAAGAAGUUCCUCUGAAGGCUCUCCUGCUGUAACAGAAGGAACCACAGCGGCAGCAACAUAUGUGACAGAAAUCGCAAAUGUGCAUGACGUCCCACAAGCUCAGUCCAUCGCCUCAGGAGGAGAGGCGUUUGAGGAGUCGGCUGUUGAAAUGAAAGUCACCAUUGCCUCACAAGCUUCAGUUUUAGACAAAGUCUCCAAGUCUCCAACAAGAGAAGACUUGGCCCACGUUUCUCAAAUCUCAAAGGUAGUGAAGAAUAAGAAAAAAUCUCCAGCCGAAAUCCUUCCGGUUUCAUUAAACAGUAAUGAUUCAGAUGAUGCUCUUCUCUCACAAUGUGAAGAUAAUGCACUCAACCGUGUGGAACAAGAUAUGGAGACACCGUCGACUCAGGAAGACGGCGGUGACGUUCUUCCUGAUAGGGCUGCUGCAGAGGUGUUGAGGAAAAGCCCAAAAGGAAACGUGAAAAACAUGAAUUCAGCUGCUGCUUGUAGUUCCACAGUCGGAGCUGGUGAAAGGGAAGAGUCUACACAGAUGUUGGAAUCAGAAAUGAUCACUGAACCUUCACCUGGCGAGUUUCCUGAUCCGGAGAAAGACAAACAUGUACCAGGCCUGUCAAAAAGUCCAAAAGGUAAAGGCAAGCUUAAGGGGGCUGAGAAAACACAUACUACCUCUAGCAGCACUGUGCGAGAACAGGAGGCCUCUCUAGUUGACUUGUUUAAGAAAGAGAACGCAAAAGCUGACACUCGUUCAGAAACGUCUGAGAACAGUGAGCUUCUGGAAACGCCUCGAGAAACCGAGGAAUCCAAGCUGGAGCAUUACUGUACUUUCUGCAGCAAAUUCUUCAUGGGGACUCGUGUCGUAGAGCACGCAAUGUUCCACUUCCGAAAAGACGAGUGCACUUUCUGCAGAACGACCUUCAAAGACGACCUGAUGGCCAUGAUGCACCUCUCUGAUCACAUAGAAAAGAUGAAGAGGUUGAAAGCUGAAGAAAAUGGCAUCUCUACAACCAAGACCUCAGCCAAAGCAAAGACAACAAAUGUGCCUCCUGGACACACGAAAGAAAAACCCAAGAAAUCUGCAGCAUCUCCUCAAAGCUCUGCAGAUAUAAACCCACCUGAAUCCAGGAUGUUAAGAUCUAAUCAGAAACAAACGAGUGGAACGUCUUCACAGGAAAAAGAAACAUUAACGCAUGUCGGUGGAGAAGCUGCUGUUCACAGGGUAAACGGGCAUAUUGGCAAAAAGAAUAAAUAUAGAGGAUUAAAGGACGACUCUGAUUCCAAGCAGCAAUCUGCACAGCAACAGAGCUCUGAAGAAAAAACACAUUACAGAACGUUCAGUUCAAGGUUGCGAGAAAAUACACAAAUUGAAUCGAAGAGUUCAGCGUCAGCUCAAACCAGUAAGGAGGUGGUAAAGUCAUCAGGAGAUGGAAAGAAAAAGAGGGAAUCUUUACAGCUCCAACAAACAGACUCUAAACUGUUAGGAGAUGUUGGUGGAAGGAAAAAUGUGGAGCCCCAGGAGAAAGUGUCCUGUCCUGCGAAAAGAUGCUCCUGGUUUACGGAUCUCUUAAAGAACCGAGUUGGUCUCCUGUACCAUGCUCUGGACAAACACUACGGCGACAUUAAGCCUUUGGAGCUGGCGUUUCGUGUCGGAAACGGCAAAUGCAGCAUUUGCAUGAGGGUCAUGUGGAGUUUCGAACACUUUCAGCACCACGUGGAGAGACACAGGCUCGUCCCGAGGCAUCCCUGCCUUCACCGGGGUUGCACAGCAAGGUUCAAAAGCGGAAUGGAAAUGAGACGCCAUGCCAGAAAACACAGUCCGCUGCAGGCGAUGUGCUGUCGCCCUGGAUGCUCUCAGCUAUUCAUUUGUCUCUGGGCUCUGAACCUUCACGAAAGAGAGCACUACGCUUCCAAGCCAGCUGAACCAGACUCUUCUGCAAAUGCACAAAGAGACGACAAACCUCUUAAAACACCAGAUGGAAAGAAAACUCAAAGUUCAGAGGAUACCUUCGAGCCAGUCGUCAGGAACGCUACCCUUAGGUUGAGAGAACAAGCAAGAAACAACUCUUUAAAAAGAAAUAUCAAAGCUCGUGUUUCUGCCAGCUCAGCAGCUCAACAACAAAACAAGCUUAGAAUGAGAAAUAAAAGCAUAGAUUAUAACGAGUCUGAAAGGGACGCCUCCCCGGAACCUACAGCCCAAAACCUCAGGUUGAGGCAAAAGUUAAGGAAAGAUCGAGCAACAAAUCAAGCUCACAAAAUUCAUAAAGUCGUCUCAUCAUCCUUGCUAAAACACAAAAGCAAAGUGAAGAGUAGGUUAAGGUUAAAAAAUGUCAGAAUAGCCACUAGAGGUCUUAAAAGAAGAACGUGUCCUCCGAGGUUGAGCAAAACUGCAGCCGGCCAGAAGAGACCCUCUCAAGACAUUCUUGUCGGCACCAAGACCAACAAAGAUGCUCAGGAUGACGUGAUAAUUACAGAAACAACAGCGAAUGAUUCAAAGUCAAAUGCAUCAGAGGUCAAGCAGGUUACAAGGAACCAAACACCCAGUAAAUCUCAAUCCACCAGUUUAAACCAGUCUGGCUUCUCUGAUCUCCACAGACAGAAACCAACUGUGGACAGAAAGAAACCCCACAGGGUCAGAAAUCACUGUGUGCCUUCAGACUCUAGCAAGUUAAAGAAAAACAAGAUUAGAAAAAGUAUAGAGUACAACAAGGCUGUCGAGAUGCGUCAGAAACAAAGCUCUGCUUCAAAAAAGCCCGCAGAGUCCGAACCCGUAAAGGUAAAAGCAGUGGUUGAAGGUUCUGAUGAUGAGAAGGCGAAAAAACAAGAUUCUGCUCACCUCAACUCUAGUAACUCGGUGCUCACCGUCCCAGCUGAAGGUGCAGACAUGCCACCAACCACAGAGAAACCGCUAAGAUCAAAGAUGGAGGGAAUUUCAAAGAUCUCAGGAGUCAGGAAAGAAGAAAACACCAACACUGCUGCUCUGAGCUCCGUCAAGUCAGCGAAGAAAAAGGUCAAUCAGAAGGUGAAGGGAAAACAUACUGGCAAAAAUCAAACCUUGAAAAAUCUCCCUAAGUCAACAGUGGAGGCCAAAGGACAGGAUAAAGCAAAAGGAGCCGAGGGGAUAUUAAAGGGGUUAAAAAUGUUAAUAAAAAACACUCUUGAUGAGAAAGGAAAAAGGAAUGAAUUGGCCAAAAAUGCAACUCUGGACGCAUCCCUUCCAUCAAUGCCCAACAUUUUGAAUGCUUGUCCAUCCCAAGUUCCCGAUCAAAACGAGCCGAGCAUUCAUAAAAAGGAAAAACGUAAGAAAUCAAAAAUUGCAAAGAAGCCUGAGACCAAUAGAGCAACCAAGAGGAGCAAAGAGAUCAAUAAAGAAAAGACCCGAAAGCUUGCCAAGAAAAAAGUUAAAGAGGGCAGUCAGCCAGCAGCUAAAGAUUCUGCAAAACCUUCGGCUGAAGGAGGAAGUUCUCCUGCUGAGAAGGGAAAUCCUCCAGCAGAACCAACACCAUCUCAGGUUAAUCCUGCUGGUUGUCCUCAAACACCUGAGGAAAAAGAAUGGAGUGAGGAUGUUAAAUCAACACCGUGUAAGGAAACCCUUGCAGCGUACAGCAAGAAACCGUACCUGCGCCUGCCACCCACAGCCUACCUGGACGAGAAGUACACCACCAUGCCGAAGAGAAGGAAGGAGAUACCGUUCUUCCAGCACAGCCGCGAAGGCAUCUCCCCCGAGUCGGCAUGCUUGAAAGCAGCUCUGCAGAGGCACCGGUGCGCCAAGUGCUUCUCCACUUUCAGCAGCACUGAGGAGCUGCAGAGUCACAACCAGCUGCAGAAGUGCUCAAACCUGUUUGGCUUCGACUCUGACGACGAGGGUAACAGCUGAGCCAAUUCUACAAGGUCUGGAUGCUAAACAAGCUAGCAAUGAACCCGAGGAUUGAUCGUACCUCAGCAAGUCAGCGCUCCUAAGACACAGACCCGGAACUUGACAGGAACAGACGUUGGCUGCAGUUAAUUCUGUGGAGCAGACAUAAGAACCUCCUGAACUGAACCCCAGUCAGAUUGAUGGUAGUACUGAAGUGCCUGCUGUGGAACCGCCGUGCUGCGCCGCCCCGUAUGGAGAUUAAUCCGUAAAAACGGACACAUGAAAACAAGGCUACAAAUGUUCAUCCGUAAGCCAUACAGUGACAGUGACAUUGGUUGCUUUUUGCACUGUUCUCAUAAGUGUUUGAGUGGAUCUGUCCUCAUGUUGAAGGAACGUGGAAUUUAAAGUUCAGUUUUUAUCAUCUUAGGGUCACAAUUUAGACCAAGUCUAAACUACACAGUUCUAAGGUUGCUGUAUCGGUCCUUUCUUGUUUAAAUACUAUUUCUUAUUAAAAAAAGAAUUCCUAUGGGGCCCCCUAUUGGUAAGUAACCAGUAGGGGGCAGUGUGCACCAAUCUUGAUCUCCUCAUCAAGGUAACUUUUCCUAUUUACUUAAGAGAACAUUUAAGGAUGCAUAUUGCUUUGUCACCUGAAUGCUUUCUGACACACUAAAGCUGCUCAGUUUUUACUCACCACUGUGUUGACUCCAAAAAUUGGAUUCAUUUUUAAAAAGCUAAUAGCAAGCUGUGUGUAAUUCACCAAUAAUAAUGAACCACAAAAUGUGCCACUGUCCUACUAAUUUAUCAUUGAUUUAUUAUUCACUUUUGAGUCUGUUUUCUUUGUCUGGCUCGUCUUAUUUACUGUUCAUAACCUCAGCCCAGUUGAGCAACGUGAACUUUUCAUUGGAGUAAAAUUUAUUUUUCAGGAUCACUUCCAACAAACUCAUGGCAGACAUACAUAAUGUGUCGAAGUGUUACCGCGAGGCCGCGUGUGUGUCUCACGAACAGCCCCAGGUUUUAUUUAUAUAAAUGUAUAUCUUUUGUAAAUAUUUAAAUAGUUUCAAUGGCUUAUUAUAUAAAUGCUGGAGCUGGGUUUAUAUUUUGUUCUUGAGGGGGAAAAAAAUAAAAUGUUUCAAAUGA